AUGGAUGUUCCGGCUUGUGUUAGAUUUCAAAAAUGUCGAGGUUUAAAAAUUUUUCGAACAACAAAAUGGGAUCCAAAAGAAAGUUUAUCAUAUAAUUAUGGAAGAAUUUAUCAAUUUUCUAAUUUUCGUACUAUGAUUAAAGAAAUUGAAAGCAAACAAGAAUAUAAUCAACAUAAACAAGAUCAUGCUCAGGUUAAACUUUUCUUUUUAAAUAUAUGUAUAUAUCUAGUUUUAUCAAGAGAUUUUAUUGAAGAAUCUUUUAAAAAUUAUCCUUAA